AUCCAAUCCAUAGUGCUCAGGGCGUCUCGGGGCAGAUAGGAGGCUUCAUGCACGGUGUUUUUAAGGUUAUUUUUGUGUAUUAUGUGGUAAAGUAGCGCAAAAGAAAUUGUAUAGAACCAUGCUUAUAUUGGUUUCCAACAAUGCUGCGUCUACGUUUUUAAACCUGGUCGCAUAUCUCGUGUUUGUCCUUUAGCACAUCAAUGUUCUUCGAGCAGACGUGCUUGAGUGUGUAGGUCCGGUAGGUCGUGUCAAUGGCGUCAGUGAACAACACAAGGAUUUCCUUCUCGAAUUCAACACCAGAGCAAAUUCGAAGAGCUAGAAAAAGACAGCCAUCAGUUCUAAACGGAAUCAACAGCUCAUAUGAAGACAGGAACAGCGAUUACUUGUGCCCAAUAUGCUUCGAUGUUAUUGAAGAAGCCCACAUGACACCUUGUGGACACACUUUUUGCUACAAGUGCAUCACAACAGGCCUGGAAUACAGUAACCGAUGUCCAAAGUGUAAUUUUGUGAUUGAGAAGAAGGAGCAGAUCUACCCAAACUUUCUGUUGAAUGAGCUUAUUACAAAGUAUAAGCAAAAGGCGGCUGACAAGAGGCUGAAGUUGCAGGGCAAUAACCCAGUAGUAUCAGAAUUACAUGAACUUAUUCUGCAGGAGUCUGACAGCAUGAAUUUGAAUGAUGUCUACAAUAUGCUGGAUGUUCUUUCAAAGAAGAAGCAGCAGCUGGAAGCUGAUUGUAAAGCAGCUCAAGCACAACUUCUGAGAGAGUUUCUACAGCAAGUUCGCAAGCACAAGCAAGAGCAAAUGCACCAGCUUACCUCCGAGCUGAGCUUCAUUGAUCAAGACCUGAAACGUGUUGAGGAAAGUUCCAAGUCUCCAGAUAAUUGUUGGCUUGUUGAUCCUGCGUCGUGUUUAGCUGGUGGGGAUGCAGCAAAUGCAAGCACUAUGCAGGAUGGGUUCAAUGGCAGCAAGCAUGGGAGCAAGCCACAGUGGGUGCAGACCACUUUGGCUUCCCGCCGGAAACGUGUCCACCUGCACUUCGAUGACUUGGAGGACUGUUACCUCACAGCGCGGACAAAGAGCCUCAACUCCACGUCUGCUGAUGGCCUAAAAGAGUUUACAGAAAAUCUUUCAAAGUUCACAAGGUACAGCAGCAUGCGCCCUUUGGCAACACUCAACUAUGCCACUGAUCUGCUCAAUGGCACCAGCAUCGUGUCCAGCAUAGAAUUUGACAAGGACAAUGAGUUUUUUGCCAUAGCUGGGGUCACCAAGAAGAUAAAGGUCUUUGAGUAUGGCACAGUUAUACAGGACAUUGUGGACAUCCACUACCCUGUGAAUGAGAUGAUGUGCAAUUCAAAGAUAAGUUGCAUCAGUUGGAGUUCAUAUCAUAAGGGAAUGCUGGCCUCUAGUGACUAUGAGGGCACUGUGACCAUCUGGGAUGCUUUUACUGGACAGAAGGUCAAAAUGUACCAGGAGCAUGAAAAGCGGUGCUGGAGUGUUGAUUUCAACAAAGUUGACACAAAGAUUAUUGCUUCAGGAUCAGAUGAUGCAAAAGUGAAAUUGUGGUCUUUAUCCUGUGACCAUUCAGUGACAUCUCUGGAAGCCAAAGCAAAUGUUUGCUGUGUGAAGUUCAACCCGGAGUCCAGAUAUCACUUAGCACUUGGCUCUGCUGAUCACUGCGUCCACUACUAUGACUUGAGAAGUGUGAAGCAGCCACUAGGUGUUUUCAAGGGCCACAAGAAGGCUGUUUCUUAUGUCAAGUUCCUCAACACGACAGAGCUCGUGUCUGCUUCCACUGACAGCCAACUGAAGCUGUGGAAUAUCAGCAACCCCCACUGUCUCCGGUCAUUCAAGGGGCACCUCAAUGAGAAAAACUUUGUUGGCCUUGCAACUGAUGGAGAUUACGUGGCAUGUGGAAGUGAAAACAAUGCUCUGUACAUUUACUACAAGGGGCUGUCCAAGCAAGUGCUGACAUUCAGGUUUGACGUGGUACGGAAUAUCUUGGAAAAGGACAAAAAAGAGGAAGACAGCAACGAGUUUGUCAGUGCAGUGUGCUGGAGAAUGGGCUCCAGUGUAGUGGUAGCAGCUAACAGUCAAGGAACUAUCAAGGUGCUAGAGUUGGUAUGAAAGCUGAACUUCUGGGCAUCUUGUUCGAGUUCAGUUACCAUCACAUUGUGCAGAUGCACAGCUAUACUCUUAAGUUAGAAUGUGCUGCUUAGUGACUUUUAUUUUACUGUACAUACUGUAUUCAUUUACCUUUACCUAUACAUUUUGUUUUCCCGUAAAUGUUGUUUUUCAUGUGUGGACAAAAUAAAUGCACUGAACAUGUUGUAAA